AGCGGGUUUGGCUCAAGCCAUUAGGGCUCAGACCUACGGUAUCCCCGUCCAAAAGUGUUUCUUCACGGCUGCGGCGGCGAACCAGGCAGUGACAAACAUGUGCGGAAAGGAAUUCCAACCUCCAGCUCGGGUGGGCAUCGACACGGGUUUGGUGGGCGCUGAUCCCGAGAUCCACGCCAUCAACGGGGCAGAGCUGGUGGAUGAGAAGGAGAAGGCGGAGGACCAAGGCUCGGGUACGUCAGAGGAGGUGCAGGACCAAGGCCGACACCGCAUGGCACGCGGCCGAGAGCGGCAGGACCGUACCCCUUCCCCGAUGGCGAGGGUCCGCGUCGACGGCACCUCCGACAUGAUGCUGGCAGAGUUCAGCGACGUCGGCUGGGAAACCCGGGCCAUGCGCCGGCGGCAGGCGCAGAUUACCAUCCGCGUCCGGAGGCUGGUGCGCGCCGAGCAGAACCGCACCGUCACCAUGCUGGAGCGCCGCCUCUGCGGGCUGGUUUUCAAGAACCUCUGCAGACAGCCCUUCGCCAAUCUGCCCCUCGUGGGCGGGGAGUCCGCGGGGCGUAAGCUCACACGCGAGUAGGCGCAAUGCAGAGUCAAGCAGCGACGGCUGUAGCAGCGAGUUAGCGCACGUCCCGCAGGCAUGGGCUCUGUACAGGUCUGGUUUUCGCUUUGCGCGCGGGUGGCGCACGUGAAUCCUGCAGGCUGGUAAAAUAUGUUUGGUGCAAUUGCCAGUUCAUGUUUAAAUGUCACCGUCAAUUCAGCGGCAGGGGAGUUCAGGCUCUGAGCUCCGUGACUCUGGCUCCUCGGGCGGCCCUUUCGCCGACACGUCGUGGGCAUACUCUCCUGGCCUGGCCAUGGGGGCAGGCCCUGUCGUGGUGUGGCCUGUGUAGCUCUGUCUGUGCAGGCAUCGGCGCCGCCGUCAUUUAGUCGGCGGCAUGUGGCCGGAGCUUGCGCUCACGCGCCAGUAGUCGGGGCCUAAGAGACGGGGGUCAGUGCAAACGGGGGUCAGCCAGAGCGCCAGAUUCUGCAGGAUUCUGCGAAGACCCGCUCUGGCUGACCCGGGUUAGCGAGCCGCUCGUGGCCGCGAGGCGGCCGCGCGUAUUGGCUGACCCGGGUUUGCGAAUACCUGCGUUGCAGUUUUUUUUGUUUUUGCAUUGCAGUUUUUGGUUUCCUGCUGACCCGGGUCUGGAUCGACCCGGGUCAGAAGAUCCCCGAAGAUCCUAGAAGAUUCCCGAAGCAGCGACGGCUGCAGCAGCGAGUUAGCGCACGUCCCGCAGGCAUGGGCUCUGUACAGGUCUGGUUUUCGCUUUGCGCGCGGGUGGCGCACGUGAAUCCUGCAGGCUGGUAAAAUAUGUUGGGUGCAAUUGCCAGUUCAUGUUUAAAUGUCACCGUCAAUUCAGCGGCAGGGGAGUUCAGGCUCUGAGCUCCGUGACUCUGGCUCCUCGGGCGGCCCUUUCGCCGACACGUCGUGGGCAUAGUCUCCUGGCCUGGCCAUGGGGGCAGGCCCUGUCGUGGUGUGGCCUGUGUAGCUCUGUCUGUGCAGGCAUCGGCGCCGCCGUCAUUUAGUCGGCGGCAUGUGGCCGGAGCUUGCGCUCACGCGCCAGUAGUCGGGGCCUAAGAGACGGGGGUCAGUGCAAAUGGGGGUCAGCCAGAGCGCCAGAUUCUGCAGAAUUCUGCGAAGACCCCCUCUGGCUGACCCGGGUUAGCGAGCCGCUCGUGGCCGCGAGGCGGCCGCGCGUAUUGGCUGACCCGGGUUUGCGAAUACCUGCGUUGCAGUUUUUUUUGUUUUUGCAUUGCAAUUGUUGGUUUCCUGCUGACCCGGGUCUGGAUCGACCCGGGUCAGAAGAUCCCCGAAGAUCCUAAAAGAUUCCCGAAGCAGCGACGGCUGCAGCAGCGAGUUAGCGCACGUCCCGCAGGCAUGGGCUCUGUACAGGUCUGGUUUUCGCUUUGCGCGCGGGUGACGCACGUGAAUCCUGCAGGCUGGUAAAAUAUUAUUGGUGUAAUUCUAUGGUUCAGUGCCGCCGUCAAUUCAGCGGCAAACUUUGAUAGUCGUCGGCAGCGUCCUCCUCCUCCUCGUGCUCCAUUUCUCCCCCUUCACUCCGUUCACUGCCACCCACCUACGGUGUUUGAUUCAAUGCUCGGGGGCCCGCUUACGGCAAGACCUACUCGCGAGAGUUCAGUCUCUGUCCGCUUUGCGCGUCCUCAUCUGCAGGGUACAGCUCGACUCCCGCAGAACCCUGCACUGCACUGCACUGCUUUUUGUCCGCGACUUGGACCUCGCAGGGCAGUGAAGACUGGCAUGAUUCGGUAAAAAA